AUGCCUCCCCGGCGCUUCACCACCUUCGUUUUCAUCGUCGCUGUCACUCUUACCGUUGUACUACUAUUCUCCUCUUCGUCUCGCGAGAUUGCCUCCGCCGCAGCCGAGAAGGUCAAAACUCCAGAGACGCUCAGGGCAAAUCUACCGAAUCUGCCAAAGUUCGAUGUGCCAGACUUUCGAAUAUCAUGGUAUAAGAGUGCUCACAAGCCUCCGCAACAACAGAACAGCACCAGUGGAGAUACGUCCUGGCAUAGUGACUGGCGAUGGAUGAACCCCUUCUCCUCUUCUGUCACGCUUGACGAGGACCGUGCAGUACUUCCACACGUCCUUGAGCGUCCUCAAGUGUAUACAUAUUACGAUACAACAGCAAAAAGGGACAAGGAGACGAAAGAGGCUGAUCAGGAGCUACUGUUAACGUGGAGGCGUGCGUGGUGGGCGAAGGGUUUCAGACCUGUGAUUCUGAGCGAAGCUGAAGCCAUGAAUCAUCCGCUGUACCAGAGCAUCAAGCCAAGGGACCUGCCCAACGACCUCGAAUUCGAGUUCAUGCGCUUCCUUGCAUGGGGUCAUAUGGGAUCUGGAUUACUUGCAAGCUGGCACUGCGUACCGAUGAGUGCCUACGACGACGUUCUUCUGAGUCAUCUGCGGCGUGGGCAAUACGCGCAACUCACCAAUUUUGAAGGACUCAACGCUGGUCUUUUCGCAGGCGAGAAGAUUCAUGUCAAUAAUGCGAUACAGGAUGCCUUGAAUGAUGCAAAGCUGAGCACGUACAAGACCAUCACUGAAGCUAUCAGCAAAGAGCAUUGGAAGACCGAGCAGCCAGGUCCUAUCGCGCAUUACGAUAGCAAAACUAUCAAAGACAAAUAUCCUGCCCUCGACCACGUCAUGGAGGAAUCCCCUGCUAAGGGCAAACGAGAGCUCAACCAGAUGAUCGACGCGCAUCUUCACACCGUCUGGCAGAACACCUUCAGCAGUGGCAUAUCGGUAUUGAAGCCGCUCCCUGCACACUCAACAACGCUUGUUGAGCCAGUCCUUGACUUGGCUCAUCUAUUGACCGAGUGUCCAGAGUCGAUUAUGCAGUCAUCAUGUCCUCCCAAUCGGCCGAAAUGCAGUCCCUGCGUAGCAUCUAAGAUGCACAUGAACACUCCGCAAGCUUUCAAGAACAGUUCGACUGUCUUCACCUUAAGCGUGGUGCCCCAUCCUUUGACCAUGAUCACCCUCAACAACGAUACCGUCGAGCAUAUAACAACAAAACAUAUAAGGCGGCACACGGACAGAGACCAGUGGGUCCUUGCAGUCACGAGAGAUCUGCUCGGUGACGGGCGAGGUGGUCCCAGUCGGGUCGUGAGUGUCAAAGAUAUCGUUGCAUCCGAGUUUGGAUCAAGCCGGUCUCUCUGGUUCACAACCGAGCAGUUCCCAUCCACAUUUCACCCUCCUCCACCGCCACCAAAAUCACCGACUAAUGAUGCACAUCCGGAGCCAGAGAGGAUCAAGCCAUUUCCGGAAGAGUGGCUGGAAGACUUGGACUGGGUUUUCGGCUUCUCGAUUCCUCGCACGACGAUCGCUCAUGGCGAGUCGCUUCCACCAGUCCCUGGACCAGAACGAUGGAGGGGCCCCGCUGGACUUCCCGAAGAGAAGCAUAAGAGCUCCGACCCGAAGCCUCCAUCAGACGAACAGAAGAGCUUUGAGGCUGCGCUCCUGAGAAGGGCGAGAGACACAGUUGAAAGCAAGGAUGAAAAUAUUCUGAAGCUGCGGGCAGUUGCAGAAGCUUGGAAUCUUGCCGACACUGAAGCUUGGAAGUUUGUGAAGGCAUUCCGAGCACGAGCGAUUUUGGAACGCACAACCUUCGAGAAGGAAGAGGCUAAGUUCGGUGGCUCUAGAGCACGAGGAGCUUCGAGGUGGUGGAAGACUUGA